AUUCACCCCCCCCCCCCUCUAGACUUUGUAUUUCACCACUUUGGGACCACCAAUUGGUAUCGGAGCAGUCUUCUCACUGUCUACGUUUAGAUUAACGAGAAGCGAUCAAGAUGGUGAACAAUAUGGAACACGGUUUGCCCAAGUUUUCUCUUCUAGGUUAUGAUGAUUGGAAGAUCAUGAUGGAAGCACACCUCUACGCUCUACAUGAUUGCAUGUGGAUGGUGCUUGAGGAUGGACCCUUGAAAAUCCAAAUGGAGAAUCUUGAGAGGAAUCCAGCAACUCCAGACGUAGUCCAGUACAUUCCAAAGCCCAAGGAAAAAUGGGAUGAUAGAGAUUGCAAAAAGCACAAUCUGGAUAACGACAUGGCAUCUCUCAAGAACACCUCCACAAAUGAAGUCAUUCUCACUGGGAAGAGAAUCAGGAACAUCUAUGAAGUAAUAUGGGACGAUGUCAAGGAAGCAUGUCUAAUCAGCAAAGACAAGGAUGAAGAAGUCAAUAAAGGAGAUAGAAUAAAGCCCACGGAAUUCAUUCCAUUCAGAAGUCUGCCUCCGAAGAUUUCACAGAAAAAUCCGGAUUCAGACAGUGCUGAGCCCUCUGGAAAUUUUGACCAGCCUUCCAAUUUUCCGGAUAUCUCAAACGGCGACAAUUCCGGAAAUGGCAACUCAGUGCCAAUCCAUCCGGAAACACCAACAACUUCUAUUCUUCAACCAGAAGCUGAACUAGAUCAACCAGUCAAUCCCAAUCAACACAAUCUUCGCUGGUUAAGGGAUCAUCCUCCUCAACAGAUCAUUGGAGAUAUUCAAUCCGGUGUUCGCACAAGGAGUGCCCAACAGAAUCUAGAAGCUAUGCUUGCUUGUUUCAUCUCACAACCUCGUUUACAGGUGAAGGUCUUCAAUCUUCGGUUCACGAGGAGUGGUUGUAAGAAGGUUUCGAUAGACGUUUACUAUCGGCGAGUUCUUGAGAGGCUUAAAGAAGUUUACCUCUAUCGCCUCAAAUUCGAGGAAGAAGUUCUCGAAUUCUACAGAAAUGGAGAAAUCAAAACUGCCCAUUCCAAGAAGGACCCACAGAGGACGGUUCCAGUCAUCAAGUCCACUGUUGGAGGUACAAAAGUGAAGCUUUCACAGAAGAAAUUGGGAGAAAAGCUUCGCCUUCCCAAUUCUGGAGUUGAAGUUGGGAAAUUUCCAGUCAAAAAUCUGGACUGGAACAUCAUUGGAAUUUCUGGGCGAACUUCUUCUGGCCCUGCGAAGAAAGCAGAUCUAAACAACGAUUAUAAGUUGGUUUUGGAACUGGUCAUCGCUUGCCUCGAGUGUGGAAGUGGAGGUCAUGCCGAUGACAUCACCCAGGAGAGAGCCUUCAUUAUCAACUCUCUCAUUACCAAAACUAAGGUAAACUGGGCUGCACACUUUUUCAAUUCCAUCUCAAAGCAUUUGGGAAAGCCCAACCAGAAAUAUCUCUGUCAAGGACUAUACCUUGGACGUAUUUUGGGAUCUAUGGGUAUUGCUUCUAAAGGAAAGAAGUAUGAAGAAAGAUACUGGUUAUAUUAUCUGUCUUCAAAAGGGGAAAACAGAGCUGGUACUAGUGCCACUGCAGAAGAAAGCUCUUCAGAUAACAUCCCACUCAUCCAUAUGACGAAGACUACCAAAAGGAAGAAAGUGGUGUCUCCCUCUAUUGAAGCACCACAGAAUCUUGCUCCAAUAAAUCUUGAAGAAGAGGAAGAAUCCUCUGACCAAGGAGAACUUCAAAGGAAGAAGAAGAGGAAGAUCAACUCCCCAUCAACAUCUGGAAAUGUCAAUCCGGAUGAGUUGAAGGAGAAGGAAACUACUGAGGAAACAUCUGCUCAUAACCGGAGCCCUCAACAAUUUGAAGAAGAAAUUCCUCAAGUCCAAAGCCCUCCAACCUCAUCUCAGCCUCAAACAGAUGAUGCAGAUAACCAAUUCUGGCAGCUAUACUAUGAUUGGAAAGCCUGGAAAGUAUGGCAAAGGAACCCUGAAGACUUGCAUCUCGAAUACCUGGCCAAUACACCAGUUUCAGACUCUGAAGCAGAUGAUGAAGACACUGCAGUCUUCAAGCCAAUCUUCUCAAAAGCUACAGAAGAUCAAGUGGCUCUCACUUCUGAAGCAACAGCUGAGGAUUUCCAAACAUUUCCGGAAACCUCACCUGCCGUCGAAACGGAAACCUCACCUGCAUUUCAGGAAACUUCACAUGCUUCUGAAAUGGUUCUGACUGAAGUUGUUCAAGAGAAGGCAACCCCUCCCUCCCAAGAACAGAACCAGGAAACAGCAGAUGAAGAAUUUCAGCCACUAAUCCAAUCUCAAGUUUUGGAGAUUCUCACCACUCCUUGUGAGAUCUCCAAUCCUACUGAAAUUGAGAUCCCGGAAAAGUCAGCUGAAAUUCCGGAAUAGUCAGCUCUUCCAGAAACAAUGGAGCAAGCUGUUGAAGCACAAAGGAAUUCUUGAGAAGCUGCAAAAGAAGCUCAAAUGGCAGAACUAGAGGUCUCUGAAACUCAAGUAGCCAUUUUUGAAGAAGAGAAUACAGCUGAAGAAAGGGA